AUGAAAUGGGUUCAUAAAUUUGUAUGGUGGUUAACAACAAUGGCUACAUGCAGUGGCAGUAGGAUAUUCAAUCAAUCAACACCAUGGAAUUCUGUAUUCCUUUGGGAUCAAUUGGGUGAGUUGAUCAAAUCAUGUUUCCUUGAUCAAACAAAUUCCUUUGUCAUCACUGAGAACAUGGUUGAUACAUUUCACAAAACUUUCCAAGACGUCGCACAUCUGGACAUUAGCAUUAUUAACCAUAGUUAUAGAACAAAAAACAUCAAAAUAUUAAAACGCUCUUACCCGAUAUAUAUUCUAUCUUCGAAAUCUACUGAUAAACUUGAGGCUCUUUUGCUCUCAUUGAAGUCAUCAUCAGGGUGGAGGAUCUCGUCGGUUUUUUUUAUCGUUGAUUUCACUGAAACUUCCUGUGGGAAAUCAUCAAAAAUGAUGCAAAUGCUUUGGAAGCUGGACCUGAUAUCGUCUUUCUACGUCUGCUGUGAGUCUGACAAGGAAGUUAUGAUGCUGUAUACUUACAACCCUUUUACUAACCGAGCGCCUGCACCCUGGGUAGAAGUUGAAUCCGCUGACAAACCAAAUGAUAAAUGGACGCUCUAUAAGCAGCCUUAUUCAAAUGAUAAAAUAUAUUGUGGCAGCUUAACUUUCGACAAGACUCAAUUUCUUGAUGGCUAUAACAUUAAAGCUGUUAGUAGAUCUCUGUCAACUUACACUCGGAAUAAAACUUAUGGUAUAAACACUUUAAAAGAGCAUGUGAAGUUACCGUCACAAUUUACAUUUUCUAAAAAUUUAUUUGUAUACUUGAAUGCUACUCCCACUAUCCAUUAUGAUGUUCCUACUUUUUGGAUUAAUAAUACCGCAGUAGGAACUUUGAAAAGUUUGAUCGAUGGCACACAUGAUAUCUGCCUAAAUUGGCGUAGUUCUUUCGAUUUCAUGAAAUAUGUUGAUUCUGUUAAAAUGCACUAUCAAUUUAACUUUAUGAUACUGACCCAGCGUAAAAAUUUGGAAACUAAGAUUGACAAUUUCCGAAACUUUCUGAAUUCAAAAAUUAUCGGAGCUUCGAUUUUUAUUAUGCUUGUAACGUUCAUCAUAAUGGCCUUCAACAACGACCAUGAUUACGGCAAUGGGUUCUUAGAUAUUAUUCGAUUGUUCUUGAGUGCUGGAAUAAUGGUUCCAUUAAAUAGAUUAUCAAUGCGUAUUAUUUUUCUGGCUGCCACCUUAUUCGUUUUUCUUAUGUCUCCAGCAUUACUAGGCCAGGUUUUUUCUUUAUUAGCUAAGCCCAAAUAUCACUAUCCGCAAACUUUGGAAGAUUUGCAUGACUUCAAAUUUAAUGUUUACUAUCAUCUUUAUAUAAAAGAUUUCAUAGAUAUGCAGCAUUUGUGGCUAAAUGACGAUAGAAAGUAUCUGCACCCGUUUUCCCAUCAUCCAUCGACUUGUCAUGAACAAGUUUUGAAUGACAGUUCAAAUGCAUGCAUUGCAUUUACGUUUUAUCAAGUAUACGCAGCUAAAGAGUAUAACUUGCAUUUGGCAGAAAAAAAAUUAUGUAAUGCUUACGGUUCUUAUUGGGUCAGAAAAAAUUGGGCUCUAAAAGAUAAAGUUGACAUGGUAGUGUCAAGAUUUGAAGAGUCAGGUCUUUUCAACUUAUGGGUACAAAAAGAUAUUCCGGAUAUUCCUGGAAACUCUCAAACUGAUUCACCCACAGAAUUUGAAAAAGUUGAAUUCGAAGAUUUAAAAAUCGUUUUCAUAUUUUUGGCAAUUGGUCUUGGGUUUGGCUUUUUGAUUUUCAUGGUUGAAAUAGUCAUAGGAAAGUACAAAAAGUCUCAGCAUAAAAAAAAAGUAAUCAACACUUCAGAAAGACAAGUUGCCUAUAUCGGUGGUCGACUUAUUCCGAUAAAAUAAU